AUGUUCUCGCUGGACAACAUUCCCGAGGCCAGCCGAUGGCUGGAAGGUGGCGUGGAGAUGGUAGCACUCUUCCCCCCGCUACCCGCAGCCUUGACACAUGAGCAGAAGACGGAGCUCAUGCACGAGAUGCUGCGGCUGGUACUAGGGCCUCUCAUGCAGGCAUCAUCAGUCGAGAGCCAGUGCGAGGCCGUCAUGGCAGUGACGCCACCGUCUCUUCUCAGGCAUCCGGACCCAUCGGCAUACUUUGGGACGGUGUCCCAGUACGCCGCAUGGGAGCACCGGGCCAUGAUGCAGAUUGUCCCGCUGGUCGCUCACCUGCCUGGCCACGAGGACAUUGCCCGCGUGGUCAUCCUCUUCAACGAGUGGUACCGCGUGUAUUUCCGCGUGGCGUAUCACACGGAGGCGUCUCUUCGAGAUGCAACGAGGAAGACCCUUGUGCUGGUAGCGGAGCUGAAGCUCGUCUUCCCCAAGCAGUCGUCGCAGUGGCGGCUGCCGAAGGUGCAUCUUCUCCGGCACCUUCCGCAUGCCAUCAGGAUGCAUGGCAUCCCGUCCGAGCAAUCGACCAACACCUACGAGGCCAUGCAUAAGCGAUGCUGCAAAUGGCCUGCACGGAACUCGAACUGGCGGGACGUGGGCAGAGACAUUGCGGUUCGCCACGCACGCAACGAGGCAAUCAGGGGCCUGGGUCGGGAAGAGGGGGGUAGGACGUACGAGACAGCCAUGCGCACGGCGGUGAAGCACAACACCCGGGUGCUGACCCGACGUUCACGGCACAUGGCGGUGGGGGAUGCGCAGGACCCGGUCUGGGCGGAAUACGGCGCCGGGCUGGGCAGCGUCGUGAUGGAUGGGAUCGCACGGGUGAUGCGGCGUGUGGGGAUCGCUGCGUCAGGCGUGCAGGUGCACACCGCGCUGGCGAUACCCCCCCAUGACCGCCUCUUGGGCCGCGGGCCAGCGCACAUGGUGAAGGCAGCGCCGGGUGAAGGGAAGUUCAGCUACGUGGCGAUUGAUGGGGGGGAAGGCGUGUGGUAUGCACGGUGCCUCAUGCUCUUCCAUUUCAUGGACGACGAGGCCCAGAUUCACAGGCGCGCAGUGGUGCGGUACUUCGACGAGCAUCCCACUCCAUGCCCCGUGACGGGAUGCGUGAGGCUCUUGCCAACGGAGGGAGAGGAUGAGUAUGCCGUUGUCGAGCACACGCUUCCGCCGCAGCAGGAGGAUUUUUCCGGGCAGCCGCCGCACUGCCCGCCGCAGCAUUUCACGCCGCCCGGGCAGCACUUGCCGUUGCAGCAGGUGGAUCCGGGUUCGCAGCAUUUGCCGUUGCAGCAGGUGGUGCCGUGCUUGCAGCAGUUGCCGCCGCAGCAGUAG